AUGGAGUCUGGAAUUGUGUGUAUCAAUGUCGAGCUAGCCUUAGUGAACGUCAGAAACGAAGGGAUCAUUAACGAUGCAACACUUGUUCUUCCAAAUACACAUGCAGUACUGUGUCCGUCUACUAAAGAAUGCCCAGUGAUGUACUCACACGACGAAAUGCUGGUCGUAGAAGUUCGUGUCUGUGAGCAGGGCACAGGGUGCGUCGGUCUUGCCAUGAUCUUCAACAUGUCUUCACUGGAAAACAUUGCCAAUCUCACACAUGUCAGCCUCGACAUGCUUGCUUACAAGGCUGACACGCAACCCAUCAUAAUAUCUCCCUCGACCAACACAACUACACCCGUACGGAGUAGUGCAGCUACACCAAAAGCAACAAAGACAUUUAAUUCAGCCGUUUCAACUUCAACAUCCGUUAUACAAACGCCAGUCUCAGUGGCUUCUGAAUCUACACCAACUACAACUGUGUCUAGUACAGACAACAUCGAUAUGGCCGAACUGCUAGACACUUGUCAAAGUGAUCUUGCCCUCAUAGACACUGCCUACAGUCGACUUCUGACUGUCUCCAUAGCUCUGUGUGUCUGUUUCUGCACAGCCAUGGUGGUUACCAUCCUCAUUCUGGUGGCUCUCAUCUGUUGCAACAAGAGAGGGACGACCAAAACCAAAGACUGCACCUGA